ACAAAUAACAAGGGCCAUAAAGGGGUACGCGAGGUCAGGGUAUUUGGUGUAAAAGGCACAGAGCUCCUAAAGUUACUCUCUAGAAAUUCUGUUUUGGCGCCAUUUUCUCCUGGUGCCGGCUUCCAACUUACAGAACCUGGGGAAGGAUUACAGAGAAAGAUUUGUAGCCACGCUCUUAAUGGCGGAAAACUUGGAGCCGCGACGCAAGCGGAAGCGGAAGUACGUUUGCUGCCCACAUGUGCCUCUCAGAGGCUGGAGAAAACGGUGCUGGCUGCCAGAGAGUGGUGUCGAGUAAGACGCUGAGUGUCUCCGCGACGGCGAGUGGGGAACGGAAAGCGGAAUCUAGUGCUCCGGGAAGAGACGUUCCAACUUCUGCUUUCUCUCCCGAUUGAGAGGUGCCCCCACGUUACACCAUGGGCAAAAAGGGCAAAGUCGGGAAGAGCCGGCGGGACAAAUUCUAUCACUUGGCGAAGGAGACCGGUUACCGCUCCCGCUCUGCUUUCAAGCUGAUCCAGCUGAAUCGCCGCUUUCAAUUUCUGCAAAAAGCCCGAGCAUUGCUGGACCUGUGCGCUGCACCGGGUGGAUGGCUGCAAGUGGCUGCCAAGUUUAUGCCUGUAUCCAGCCUUAUUGUGGGAGUGGAUCUGGUCCCAAUCAAGCCUCUUCCCAAUGUGGUGACACUCCAGGAGGACAUCACAACUGAACGCUGUAGGCAGGCCCUGAGGAAGGAGCUGAAAACCUGGAAGGUUGAUGUUGUGCUCAAUGAUGGGGCCCCCAACGUCGGGGCUAGCUGGGCCCAUGAUGCUUACUCACAAGCCCAUUUGACGUUGAUGGCUCUGCGUUUGGCUUGUGACUUUCUGGGCCGUGGUGGCUGCUUCAUCACAAAGGUUUUCCGUUCUCGUGACUAUCAGCCCUUACUGUGGAUCUUCCAGCAGCUCUUCCGCCGUGUCCAGGCCACCAAGCCCCAAGCCUCUCGUCAUGAAUCUGCGGAGAUCUUUGUAGUCUGCCAGGGUUUCCUGGCUCCUGACAAGGUUGACAGUAAAUUCUUUGACCCCAAGUUUGCCUUCAAGGAAGUCGAAGUUCAGGCCAAGACUGUUACAGAAUUGGUGACUAAGAAGAAGCCAAAGGCUGAAGGCUAUGCUGAGGGCGACCUUACUCUCUAUCACCGAACCUCCAUCACUGACUUCCUCCGAGCUGCCAACCCUGUUGACUUCCUCUCCAAAGCCAGUGAAAUCUCACUAGAUGACAACGAGCUGGCACAGCAUCCAGCCACCACCGAGGACAUACGAGUGUGCUGUCAGGACAUCAAAGUGCUGGGGCGCAAGGAGCUCAGGUCCCUACUGAACUGGAGGACGAAGCUUCGGCGAUACAUGGCCAAGAAGCUGAAAGAGCAAGCAAAGGCACUGGACAUCAGCCUCAGCUCAGGGGAGGAAGAGGAAGGAGAGGAGGAGGAGUCCGCAGCAGGGACUGGGCCGCAGCCGUCUCAGGAGGAGGAGGAGGAGGAGCAGCUGAACCGCACCCUGGCGGAGAUGAAGGCCCAGGAGGUGGCAGAAUUAAAGAGGAAGAAGAAGAAGCUGCUGCGUGAGCAGAGGAAGCAGCGGGAGCGCGUGGAGCUGAAGAUGGAUCUUCCCGGGGUUUCCAUCGCAGACGAGGGGGAGACUGGCAUGUUCUCCCUGCGCACCAUCCGGGGUCACCAGUUGUUAGAGGAGGUAACACAGGGGGACAUGAGUGCUGCAGACACAUUUUUGUCUGACCCGCCAAGAGAUGACAUCUACAUAUCAGAUGGUGAGGACGACGACGAUGCAUCUCUAGAUAGUGACCUGGAUCUAGAGGAGCUGGCAGGAGUCAAAGAACCUCAGAGUCUAAAGGACCAAAAGUGUGUACGAUUUGCUGAAGUGGAAGAUGAUAAAGAGGAGGAAAAAGAGAAUCCACUGUUGGUACCAUUAAAGGAAAAGGCAGUGCUGCAGGAAGAACAGGCCAGCCUGUGGUUCUCCAAGGACGGCUUCAGCGGGAUUGAGGACGAUGCUGACGAGGCCCUGGAGAUCAGUCAGGCCCAGCUGCUGUAUGAAAGCCGUCGCAAGGGGCAGCAGCCGCCACCACCGCCUUCUAAUAAGGAGCCGGAAAGCAAGCCUCCCCCGUGCCAGGGUGAGGCCCCUAAGGGGGCGGGGGCUCCUAAGGGGUCAGAGGUCGCCCCUGGGCCUGGAGAGGAAGAGAGCGACAGCGACGGCAGCUCCGACAGCGACGGCAGCAGCGAGGACGAGGAGAGCUGGAAAUCACAGCGCGGGAAGAAGCGAGGCCGCGGGCCUAGGUCAGAGGACGACGGUGGGUUUGAGGUGGUGCCUAUCGAGGACCCAGUGAAACAUCGGAUCCUGGACCCUGAAGGCCUUGCUCUAGGUGCGGUUAUUGCCUCUUCCAAAAAAGCCAAGAGAGACCUUAUAGAUGACUCCUUCAGCCGGUACACGUUCAAUGAGGACGAGGGGGAGCUUCCAGAUUGGUUUGUGCAGGAGGAAAGGCAGCACAGGAUACGACAGUUGCCUGUCGAUAAGAAGGAGGUGGAACACUACCGGAAACGCUGGCGGGAAAUCAAUGCGCGGCCCAUCAAGAAAGUGGCCGAGGCCAAGGCCAGAAAGAAGCGGAGGAUGCUCAAGAAGCUGGAGCAGACUAAGAAGAAGGCAGAAGCUGUGGUUAACACGGUGGACAUCUCAGAACGGGAGAAAGUGGCACAGCUUCGAAGUCUCUACAAGAAAGCCGGGCUUGGAAAGGAGAAACGCCAGGUCACCUACGUCGUAGCCAAAAAAGGUGUGGGGCGCAAAGUGCGCCGGCCAGCUGGGGUCAGAGGUCACUUCAAGGUGGUGGAUUCGAGGAUGAAAAAGGACCAGCGAGCACAGCAGAGGAAGGAGCAGAAGAAAAAGCACAAGAGGAAGUGAGCGCGGCCACCGGGGCCUCUGAGGGACUGUGUGGAUGAGGAGGGACUCAGUGCCCCUUCUGGCCUCCUUGGUGCCAGCCCUGCCCUUGCCUGCCUCAGCCUUUGUAAGACAGGUUCCAGCUACCUGUGCUCUGUGGUCCUGGGCAGUGAGGGGGGCAACAUACUGACUGGAAGAAAAGGGCUCCCAUCAAAGCCCUGCUAAACAUGCCCUGUCGGUGCUGUCAGCGCCCACAACCCUUCCGUGAAGGACGUGGGGCGCCGGGCGAGAAGUCUCACCACUUGUAAAUCACCUUUAAGGGGAGUUCCCUACCACAGUGGCAGUCACUGCAGUCUGCCUGGGCGCACUCUCAAGUCUUCCCCCAUUAUCAUCUGAAUAAAAACAGAAGCAUAGAUGUCUUUUCUGACAGUUCAGUUCCUGGGAACUUGAUAGCUCCAAAACACCUGUGUGUUCACACCCUGUGCACUGUUCUGAAUCGUAUUUGUAUGUUCCAGCUCACGGUGAAGGAGAAAUGACAAGCAAUCCACAGGUCCCAGUAGUAAAACAUUUACUAGAGCAAGCAGAGAGGAAUGCACAUCUCAAAGAAACCUUCACAAAGUCACAAAAUUUGAAGUAUGUAUAUUUCUUUUCCUUUUAUAAACAAGAUAAAACAAAAAUCAUCAAAAUCAUUUCAGCAAAAGAUUUUUCUACCAUUGUGGCAAGUUAAAAAAAAUACAAUGAAAUAGAAGACACUUUUAAAA